UAAAAAUAUACACAAGAAAACAUACACCCAUUCAACAGUUUUUUACAUGUACUGUUCACUGAUAAUAUUUACAUUUGUCACAUUGUGUCACCAUUCUCACUACCUGUCCAUUUUGUUUCACCACCAUUAAUUUACUCUCUGCCCCUUAAAGUUCUUGUGUGGUUUAGAGUUACUGUUGUCAUUUCAAUCUCAUAUAGAUAAUUCUUCGAUAGGGCACAAAGCUCAAGACAGACAUUAUUUAUUGAGGUAGAUUGUUCAGUUUAAAGAUGAUUCCAUGGGUAGUUUUGGCUCCAGGUUCAAAACUGUUUCCAGGCAAUAUAUUUGGGGGUCCCUCCAGUCUCAAUGUGUUCAGUAAGUCUGGUUUCCAGUUAGAAUUUGAAGUUCUAUUACAGGAACAAGGAAUAUCUUUUUAUCUGUUCAAGUCUACUUUUGAGUCAUUCAGGAAUGUUUUAAAGUUUUCUUUAUAUUGGUUUCGGACUCUUUUUUGUUAAACUCUCCAUUUUUAAAAACUCAGUAAUAUGUCUUGUGGAUCUUUAUAUCAAUACAUGUAGAGGUACAUCAUUCUUUUUAAUGGCUGCAUAGUUUUUCAUAGUAUGGAUGAUGUACGUCAUUUAUUUAACCUGGUUGAUGUAGGAAGCCCUGGUGGCACAUUGGUUAAGAGAUUGGCUGCUAACCAAACGGUUGGCAGUUCACAUCCACCAGCUGCUCAUUGGAAACCCUGUGGGGACAGUUCUACUCUAUCCUGUAGGUUUGCUAUGAGUCAGAAUUGACUCAAAGGCAACAAGUUUGGUUUUUGGUUUUGGUUUGUAUAGAUGGAUGUUAAGGUUGUUUAUAAUUUUUCACUGUUAAAAGGAGUUCUAGAAUAAGUAUCCUUAUAGAAGUCCAGUUAUUUCCUUAUGACAAAUUCUUAGAAGGCUUGGUCAAAGACCUGUUAAUUUAUAAAAGUUUUUGAAAUAUAAUGUAAAAAUGUUUUCUACAUUAAUAAAAUUUAUACUUCCAUCAACAUGUUUAAGAGCGCUAUUCCAUCUACUUUCACCAAAACAGUAUCUUAUUGCUCUUUUUCAAUCUUUGCCAGUUUGAUAGGCAAAAUAGGGUAUCUUAAUUUUGUGUUUCUUUGCUAACUGACGGAGUUUAUUUUUCCAGCCAGAUAGCCAGUCAGCCAGCCAAAAUAUAUGUAUUUAUUGAGCUUUCACUAUGUGCCAUACACUGUCCUGUGUGUUAGAACUAUGGUAAUGAGUAGAAGUUGACUAUCUUUUUUGUGUUUUUGAUCAUUUGUAUUAUUUUGUUUCUUACCUCUUUUUGUGAUCUGAUGGUUAGUAGGUGUUUCUGUCCCCCCAGAGUAGUCCUCAAAGAACUGAGAAUGAGGGAACAUGGCAUUUUCUUAUUCUGUUUUGUCAGUGAGCUUCUAAAAAAUAUUUUUUGUGUGUAUUUAUUUUCAUUGCAUAUUUUAUGAUAAAUCACCAUGUUAAAAUCUUAGUACUUAGGAAAUGAGAUCAUGAAAGUUAAGUGCCUAGAAUCUGUAGGUGUCGAAAACUGAUUACUAUAUGUUUUCAUAAAAAUAACUUCUAUUAUUAUUUUCUAGGUGAGGCUGGUGUCCAUCAGAAAGGACUUUGUACAGUUUACCUUCGGACACAGUGUAGCUGCAUGCUGUAGAGUUUUUUUUAUCGUUAAAAAAAUAAAUGUCAGUGAUUUGAUACUUUGACACUGGGAGUGCAGUACCUUGAAAGUGUAGAAGGAUUGAAUAUAUUCCUAAUUUUGUUACUCUGCUGAGGACUCCUGAUCAGGUAACAACAACAAGAAAAUGCUGAUCACCUUUGGAAGAUGCCAAAGAACUGGUUAAUUUGGAAAACUGUAAAUAAAGAAUGAAGCAUUUAUUCUGCCUUGCCUAUAUGGAAUACACCUCAGAGUCCCAAAACAGUUGAUGAGGGAGAGUUCAUUAUAGAAGAAUUCCAGAUUGAGGAGGUGCCAUGCAGCAAGAAACAGAGAGAUCCAGAGUUCGAGCCAGAAGGCCUGACAUGGCGCUUUAUAUACCCAAAGCUCGAAGGAGCGCGGCGCACUCCAAAGCAAGUGGUGAGGAAAAAAGCUGCGGCCCACCUAACUCUGUGGUCAAAGGAGAACAAAAAGGACAUUUUUUCUCCCAAAAGGAGGUCUUUAGAGACAAACCUGAGGCUCAGAGACUAGAUAUUAAUCCUGAUAGAAAGGAACACAAUCAUAAGGAAAGAAAGAAGCCCUUGAUAAAAUUAAAAAAAGAUACAUGCCUUCAAGAAAGAAAUAAAAAGGCUUAUAUUAAGAGGGGAACCACAGAGUCCAAAGAAAUAUUAUCCCAAAGACCUCAACAAAGAGUCCCAAAUCCUGAGAUUAUAUCUAGUCUACCUUUACAAAGACAUUUUAAACCAAAGAAGGUAGAGUGUUUGGAGGUUGAAACUACAGAUGUGACAGGAUAUGAGAAUUUGCCUCUAUCACAGCCUUGUUCAGAAAUCAGUGAGGCUCAAGUUCUUACCAAACCAUUCCAAAAUGUGGAACCCUGUGAUUUUAGUAGGCAUGGACUAAAUGGGGAAGCGUUUGAAGACAGAGAUUUAGAAAGCAGAAUUGAAACUGAUUCUAGGGUUGUGGAGAUAGUAUCCCAAUUUUCUGGAAGUUUCAGCUGUGCAUUGAAACCUGAAGACAUGAUUGUAUCACCACAACUAAACCCUGAUUCUGAAAUUGUACAAGAAGAUGUGCGAACAUCAGGUGAGAUGUUAAAGCCCAGCAAUGGAGGUAUCAGUGCUAUUUCUGUUCUUGCAAGUCCAGAUGGUAUCAUUGAUCAAACUUGUGUAGACUUUGAAGUUCAGACUGUGGGUGAUACAGACAACAGUACAGGUUUUAUCUUGAGUCAGAAAAGUAUAGAUUCCGCUCCUGAGGCUCUGGGUCACAUCACUCAUAAAAUGCCUAUUGUCAGCAAACUAGAGAGCACAAAUGGCGUUUUUGAUUCCACGAUGAUUAGAGAGUAUGAGAAGAAUGACUGCACUGCUGAUGAAUUAUGUAUAAAGUAUGAACCUUCUGAUACAGCCACGCUUACUCAUGAAACAUACACAGAUAAUGGAUCUAAUAGUGUAGGUGACAUUACCAAUAGGGUACGUGUGAUGGACAUUACAGAUGUCAUAUCUGAGCAUGUAACUGUGGGCCGUCCUUGUGUAGUUGCAGUUAGAAUAGUUGAUGAGGCCUGUAGCAACACAAGUGGUUUCUCAGAAUAUAUAGGGAUGAGUGCAGAUACAGCCCCUCUUCAUGUAGCUCACAGUGGAAAUAACACUGAAAACUUCAGCGACCUGACUGCUUGCUCAGAUGUUUAUGCUGGGAGUAUUUCCUCUAGUUUCACAGAGUCAACGGGAAAGUUGAUAGAGAACUUGUCAGAUUGUAUGUCCUCCUUACCUAUAAAGAAGAUUGCUGGUAGUAAUUAUAACGCUUGUUUAGACUCCGAACUCAGUAUCUUAAAUGGGACAAGAGUAGUUUCAGACAGUGCCUUGGGCAAUGAUCUGGACUGUGCUGGUAAUAUCACAGAAACAUUGCAUGAACUAAGAACUGCUGAAAAGGUUAAAGCAAAAGAGGAAGAUGACUCAGAGAAUAUAAAACUUGGUAUAUCCUUUCCUGAUACGGAAUUAGUAUCUAUGGAAACAGCCAUGGAACCAAAAGCAACUGAAACUUCUCACAUGGAAGGAAGUACUGAUACUGAAGAGAGCUGGGAGUCCAUGUUUAAUGAUGAUGGUGACUGCUUGGAUCCACGUCUUCUACAAGAGUUAUCAGGGAAUAUGAAGAGCAGAGAAAGCAUCCAGGAACCUAGAUUUGAUUAUUACAACCAUGAAGUUCCUGACAUUGACCUCAGUGAUUGUGAAUUCCCGCAUGUCAUUGAAAUUUAUGACUUCCCCCAAGAAUUUCGUACUGAAGACCUUCUACGGGUUUUCUGCAGUUAUCAAAAGAAAGGAUUUGAUAUUAAAUGGGUGGAUGAUACACAUGCCCUAGGAGUAUUCUCCAGUCCAAUUACAGCUCGUGAUGCUCUGGGUAGUAAACAUACCAUGGUCAAGAUUCGGCCUUUGUCACAGGCCACAAGAGCAGCCAAGGCCAAAGCCAGAGCUUAUGCCGAAUUCCUCCAGCCAGCAAAGCAGCGUCCUGAGACUUCAGCAGCCUUAGCUAGAAGGUUAGUCGUCAGUGCCCUUGGGGUUCGAAGUAAGCAGAGUAAAACAGAACGAGAAGCAGAACUCAAGAAACUACAAGAAGCCCGAGAGAGAAAACGGUUGGAAGCCAAGCAACGGGAAGACAUCUGGGAAGGCAGAGACCUGUCUGCUGUUUGAACAUCACUCAACGAAAGGGAUAAUUCUGUGAAUUGAGAAAAUGUUUGCAUAGUCUUCAGAUAAGAGGACCCUUCCAGAGUUCUGUGUACACGCAGAUGUGCAUGUUAAUGAAGCAAAGAGUUAAAGCCAUCAAGACAAGGACAAACUGGGUUUAGAAAGAAGAUAGACUUCUGUCUGUCUUCACUCCUAAAUGCAGUGCUUUGGAAUUGCGCUACUGUGGUGGCACAGAAGAGAGCCAUCAACUGGGAAGAAACUUGGAAGAUGUGACUUCCAAGAGUCCCAUAGGCAGGGGUAGUCAUGUUAGCUGGUUCACACUUCAGUAUGUUUUAAGGAAAUACCAAACAGAACAGAGGAUUCAAGCCUGCAGUGUUGGGAGCCUGAGGCCCUGCAAAGGCAGGGCAUUCCUUGGUACCUCACAAAGCUGAGAACAGCAAUGUUGGGGGGAGGGGAGUAGUCAGCACCUAGAGACAGAACAGUGUCUGGUGUACUUGGCAUAAACAGAAUCUAAACUGCCAGCUCCAGAACUCCAAAAUUGGUGAAGUACAGCAGAUGUGGGUAUUUGGACUCCAGAGUUUGUACUGAGCUGAGUGCCUGGGGCUGCUCCAGCUACACAGCAGCAAGGGGACAUGCCAGCCUCAGUCCUGGAAGCUGUGUGCCAGUUCCAGUUUAGGCAAUAAUACCAUGUUGUAAGAGGGAGACAUUAAAGCCUGUUUUAUGACAUCUGUCACUCUGGUGCUUGUCAGUUUUUUCAUUCCCACAAAGAAAUAGGAGAGAAGCUCUCCUCUUUAAUGUUACAGUGCUAUGCGUGGGUUACUUGGAUCUGUUGCUUUAUUGAACCCCACUGAGUAGAGAGCUGAUCAUCUCUCUGUCGUGAAAUACACUACAAAAUUGACUAUCCUGGCUUUGUUGGGCAUUGAUAUGCAGUAGCUUCUCUCCCCCCGCCCCGCCUUCCCGUCCCUCCCACCCAACCUCUUGACUUCUCCCAUUUCUGUCAAAUCUGACAUCCUGCUGAAAGCAUCUGGCACACUGCAUGUUCUUGGGAUGAUCUUCUCAGCCUGUGCCAGAGGCACUUGGCAGGGAGCACCAAACCAUCCGUUCCAAUGAGGAACAGCCGGGAUAAAAUAAACACCUCUGGGCUGGGGGAGAUUUCCUAAAGAACGUGAACAAGUCAGAGCCAUUAACUUGGACUUUAUCCAUCUCAUAUCUGCAUUCUCAGUGUUUCCAGAAAGCACUUCUGUACUGAAGAAAUGGCAGCGCUAGACCCUAAGAUGCCGAGGUGACAAGAAACGGUGUCUCAUUGUGCUUUCAAUGAGGGCAACAGCCUCAUUUUUUUAUGAUUCAGCACCUAGGACAAUGAUGGGUUAUUAGCAUUGCCUAGAACAUGGCGGAGCGGGGCUCUGUUCAGAUAUUCCUCAAAUGCCACUGGCCUUGGGUCUUAGUCCUGACCCUACUAUCCCUGCUGCUGUUCUGGUCUUAGAGCCUUCUUGCAGCUCCUCAGCAUUGUUUUUCUCAUCCUUGGUCAGUUCUGCCAGUGUCCCUCAUUCAUGUUCGGUGCCUCUGUUCCAAGUUUGGGAGAUUAAAUGAGUCCUUCUCUUGACCCUUUUGUGUCACUAUUAUUUUUAGCCCAGUGCCCCUCUCUUUUGCAUGUAGCUUCAGAUAGGCAGGUCUCUUUGAACUGUAUGGCUGUGUUUGAAAGGAACUGCAGAGAAUUACAGCCAGGCUUCCUGUGGAUCAGUAUACCUCAGAGGUAUACCUUUGCUCUAUUUUGAUUCUUCAAGGCUAAGAGUGACCUUCAGCGAUAACAAAGAGGUGAUUGCUUUGAGGAUGCUUCCCCUUUCUGACAACAUUUUAGCUGCUAAGGACAUUGCUAAUGGUAAUACACAGCCCAGUGUUUAUUACCCAGUGUUGUUCUGAUAAUUUUAAGAAGUCAUUUUUGUUCUCAUGUUAAUGCUGUGUACCAAUGGCUAGUAGCCUGUGCUUUUUGUCAGCUUAACGAUGAGCCACCUCUUAAACUUUCAGAAUUAUCCUUAUAACCAGACCUUGAGAAGGAUUUUUUUUCAGGCAACACUAAAAUCUAUGGAAUGCAAUUUUUCUUGUAUCAUUAAUGGAGAAUGUCCUUUUUAGUUAUAGUUUUCCAGUGGUUGAUAUUGAUGUAUACUGGCCUUCCUCCAUUUCCCUCUGAUGCCUAUUUUUGAGAAGACUGGAGGGAAGAGGAACUGCUGUGGCCCAGCACAGACUACAUGAAGCUUGUCCAGAGAGGAAUCAAAUCCUUGGCUGUAUCAAAAGCAUGCCUUCACGAGCUAACUGGAGAGCACCCUGUACCUGCCACUGGCUCCUUGGUUAGAUGUUUGGGAAGACAGUUAAUGUGCUCUGCUGCCCAUAAUAUGUUGCUUCCUACAUCUUGAAUGUCUAAAUCUCAGGGUCACGUGGGAUUUAUAGUAGAAAGGUACAUUCCCCAUGAGUUCUAAUAUGCUCUUGUAGAGUGAAAGUCUAGUAGAGUACAGAUAAAUUAGGCUUCUGAAUAGUAAGCUGAGGUUACUAGGACUUUAGUUUCUCUAAGACUAAUGUGUGCUGAGGUCAAAGUCUUCUGACAGUUUUGGUUCUGUCUGGAAUUUGGUGGUUGGUAUUCUGUUAACAUUCUUCAUCUAGUUAUAAGUCGUGCCAGCCACUGAUCUUCCCACGUCCUUCCCUCUUCAGCUCAGAGGUAUAACAGCACAACCCUUGUACAGCUUUUUCCAAGAAUUAGAACUGGCCACAUCCAUCAAACGUGUGAUGUGGGCAGCAAAGCUGACAUCAGAGCCGGUGGCUGUCUGCCUGGUGUGCUUUUUCUGGCCCUCUUGGAAACUGGAUCUAGCAAGAAGCAGUGGGUAACCUUCUGCCUGAAUCUAGUCAUCAGUCACACUGGCUCCCCCCACUAGCUGCACGUUCUUUCACAGACCAUUAGCUGCAUGUGUGGGUAUAAUGAUGUUACUGUUUGGGAGAUA